AGUCAAUGCCUCCUGGUAAAGAGGCCCCCGAGGAGAAAGCAGGAGUUGCUCAAGCACCGGAGCGGUCGGAAGUGGCAGGUUCAGAAGGAGAGGUGACCAGCGAGGAGAAGGAUGGGCUCAGACAGUCAGGAGACCAGCUCUCCAACUCCUCCACCUCCUCCUCCUCCUCAUCGGCUGUCACGUCCUCCUCUUCCUCCUCAGAGGCCAAACCAGGUUCAGAGGCCCAGUCGACGGUGACUGAAGCCAGGGGUUCGAGUACGGCGGCUGCCACAGACCGGGAGCCACAAGCUGACGAUCUGGACGGGUCCGCCGACGGGUCCGAGGUCGAAGCCAGGCUGGUGCAGGCAGAGGUUCAUGCCUCAUUGGAAAAUGGAGAGAAGGAGCCUCCAGGUUCUACUCCUUCCUCGAAGGAGAAAGGCGCCGACUUUGAGAGGAGGGGCGAGGAAGAGGAGGAAGAGGAUGAGGAGAACGAUGACGAUGGCUCGAGGAAGGAGGAUUACUCGGAGGGGGAUCUGGUGGAUAUCAGCGCGUACAGCGGACUUGGGGAGGAGGACUCUGGGGGGAGCCAACUGGACGAUGAGGACGAGGAAGACGAGGAGCCGUAUCAGCCGGAGACCAGUUGUUCAGAGAUUGCAGGCCUCCCUGAGGAAGAGGAGCCCGCGCCAUCCAAUAGGAAGAUUCAAUUUAGCACUGAGCCAAUCAAGGUCUUCACCACGUACUCCAACGAAGACUACGACCGACGCAACGAUGACGUCGAUCCAAUGGCCGCCUCGGCCGAGUACGAGCUGGAGAAGAGAGUCGAGAAGCUGGAUCUAUUUCCUGUUGAGCUGGAGAAAGACAGUGACGGCCUGGGUAUCAGCAUCAUAGGAAUGGGUGCAGGAGCUGACAUGGGCCUGGAGAAACUGGGGAUCUUCGUUAAGACGGUGACAGAGGGCGGAGCUGCACAGAGGGACGGCAGGAUCCAGGUGAACGAUCUGAUCGUGGAGGUCGAUGGAACCAGCCUGGUCGGUGUCACUCAGUGCUUCGCUGCCUCCGUCCUCCGCAACACCACCGGCACCGUCAAGUUUGUGAUUGGCCGGGAGAAGCCUGGCGAGCAGAGCGAAGUGGCUCAGCUGAUCCAGCAGACUCUGGAGCAGGAGAGGUGGCAGAGAGAGAUGAUGGAGCAGAGAUACAAACAGUACAUGGACGACGAUGAAGAGACAGGUGAAUACGCAACAGACGAGGAGGAGGAGAUGAGUCCGGUGUUUCCAAACUCCAUCGAGGUUUUCGACCUGGCGGAGAACCAGGACAUGUUGUCUCCUGUGGAACUGGACCCUGAGAAGCUGGCCCACAAAUUCAAGGAGCUCCAGAUUAAACACGCUGUAACGCAGGCGGAGAUCCAGCUGCUGAAGAGGAAGCUGGCUCACGCGGAGCAGGAUAAGUUGCGUUGGCGGAUGGAGCGAGCUCAGCUGGAGCAAAACAUCCGGGACAGCAAAGAGAGGAUGGAGAAGCUGGAGGGCUACUGGAUGGAGGCUCAGUCCCUGUGUAAGGCAGUGGACGAACACCUAAAGGAAACCCAGUCUCAGUACCAAACCCUAGAGCGGAAAUACAGCAAAGCCAAGAGACUGAUCAAAGAGUACCAGCAGAAGGAGAUUGAGCAUCUGAAGAAGGAGACGGCUCAGCGUCGGGCGGAAGAAGAGAGCGAGGCGACGCACAAAGAAGAGACGGACAACCUGCAGGAAAAGAUUUCAGACUUGGAGACCAAAGUGGAAUCUCUGAAGACGCCCAAACCCUCUUAAGCUGCUGCUACUCGCUACCUCCUUUCUGUGACGGAAGAGGAGGGUCUCCGCCUUCAUCCUGACCGGGGGCCGUGUUUCAUUCCAAUCAACCAUUUACUGCACAGACAGGGAACGAGGGGGGGGGGGAGGGGAUUAAAGGACGACAACUAUAAAGAGGAUGAGGAGGGCGACGACGUACGAGGAGGACAGACGCAGCUUCUCAUCUGACAUCUGCCCACUGCUUUGAGCUCAAUCAGUCAGUAACCAAUCCCAGAAUGCACCAUCGGUAAUACCCACAAUCCUCCUCGUGUGUCUACCUGGCAACCGGCUUGGCGAUCAACACAAAAAAAAAAACCCACAUUCAUUGAUUUGUUUUCACGUCUCCUCGUCUCACCAGGCUUCAACUCAACUUAUUUUAAAAAGCGCUUUUAAUAAACAGGCUUGUCACUAAGUGCUUUAUAAAGUGGCAGAGCACGAGAAUGAAAAGAAUACGAGGGAAUGGGAAAAAAAGGACGAAGGUCACGUGGUUGUCGUCGUGCUGCUUUGUGAACCAGGCGGCCGCCGAGCCGUCUCUUUUAUUUUUUUGGGGGGGGGACUGGACUGGAGUCUCACGACGAGGACACGCGUUGUUUCAAUAACUACGAGGAGAAGUGGCCACCUCAUUUUUAAAAACUUGAAUCCUGGAGCGGAGCCUCUUGACGUCGUGAUGAACCACGACGAAAACUCUCAAAAGGAAAAAGCCACCACCCUGAGGGAACUGGGAAACAAAGACGGCCGACGCAUUUCUGAUCGGUGACAGAAAGCGGGACGUGAAAGAACUCCCUUUGUUUUCUAUUUUUCUGGGAGCGACGGAAGGAAUCAGGCAGGAGCAUAAACUGUUUGUAUAUAUUCUACACGUGUAUUUAAAAGUGUUUAAACCGCUUGAGCAAAGACGUGGGUGUGAGGUGGAGCUGUGAGCGAGUGACCAUGUUACAGAAGGUUCCGUUUCCCAGGUUUCAUCUCUUCUACCAACACGAAUGGCCGACAGGGUGUGAAUAGUCUUAUAUGUGCUUCUAGAGCUUCUGUAUAUUAGUUGGUGUUUAUCUGUGGGUUUACAUUCGCACUCCGACCUCCUGAGCUUCACCAGCGUCUGGACCUCAUUCCAGAGUCGGUGCAGGAAAACGUCGCUUUCUUUUUUUUUUUUUUUUUUUUUUUUUCCGGGGAAAUUCGCUUCAAAAGCCAGAAUGUGUUCGGUUUAAACAUUCGGAGGCGACGUUGUGUGUUUACUGAGGCGGAAUCUCAUUGGUUGAGUUAAACCUCAGUGGGCGGGGCCAAAUAUUCCUAACCAAUAGUGUUUUCGAGUCAGAUAUUGAUCGUCUGAGUUGUGAUGAUAGUAUGAUCGACAGUAUUCACUUUAAUACGCUGCAGGAAACAUAAUGAAAUUUCAUUAUGAUAGAAUUUGUGAGUGUUGAACAAACGUGUGUCUACGUGACCUCGAACAUCAGUGUUUCCUUUUACUAAUAUUAAUACUGACAUGAAUUAAUAAUAUCAACCAUGGUCAAAUUACAGUCAGAGAAAUGAUUGUGACAUUUUAUCCACAAGGUAGAAGCAGAAGUAGUUUCCGUAUGAUUCAAUAACAGAAGAAACUAAAUAAGUUGGAAUGUAACAGCUACUAAAUUAAACAUAUAUAAUAGAAACCAACUGUAUUGAACCUUAAAAUAAUAACAUCAAGUCAAACCACAUUUAUUUCAAAUUAAAUUCAGUUUCGUAUUCAGACGAAGGUCAAACGUAGCUUUUCACUUAUUCCUAAAGUUGAGAUGCAGACGAGCCGUGGGGCUGUGGGUGAACGCUGUAGCUAACAAAUGAACUAGAAUAUAUUCUAAUGUUUUAUCUCCUCACGCAGGACAAGUAUUUAUCUGUGCUACUUUCAUCCUACUGGCGGAAAAAACACCAAAUACAAUCGUCGAGAAAGAAUAAGAAAAUAUUUGACUCUUACAAUCAGUGUUUGUGCAGAAAUGACAAAGAGAAGAAAAAGAUUCUGACCCUUUGGAAAUGUUUCACUCUUCACUGUGUUUUUAAACCCAACGUAUAUAUUUCAA